CUUUUUCACACAACUGCAUAUACAAGCAAGCAACUUCCUAUAUAAACACCCCAAAGCUCUCUCGUAGUCCAUAUCAUAUCCCUCGCUCUAGCUCGUUUGCUUUCUGAUAAAGAGAAGCAAGAAUGGGAGCUCUUGAUUACCUCUCCAACUUUUGCACUGUCACCAGCACAAGAAGCAAACGAAAACUUUGCUGUACAGUUGAGAUCAAGGUGAAGAUGGACUGUGAUGGCUGUGAAAGAAGAGUAAAAAAUGCUGUCACCUCCAUGAAAGGAGUAAAGACGGUGGAAGUGAACAGAAAACAAAGCAGGGUGGUGGUUAGUGGAUAUGUUGAUCCAAACAAAGUCUUAAGAAGAGUGAAGAGCACAGGAAAGGUAGCUGAAUUUUGGCCAUAUAUCCCUCAACAUCUAGUUUAUUAUCCUUAUGUUUCCGGUGCCUAUGACAAGAGGGCACCGGCGGGCUAUGUUCGCAAUGUUGUGCAAGCUUAUCCAGCCUCAAAUGCACCUGAAGAAAACAUUGUAUCUCUCUUUAGUGAUGAUAAUGUGAAUGCUUGUUCCAUCAUGUAAGAGAUUGCUGUCAUGGAUUUGUGUAAAGCAAAAUGGGUUGCUAUCUUUUUUAAAAGCAAGACCUCCUCCAUAUGUAUGUACUAUUUUCUAUCUAGAAAUGAAGCAAACCUAGCUACAAAUGGGUCUGAAAGAGCAUUAAUCUCUUGAUUUGUGAUUUUCAUUAUGGUUAGGAUGGUUUUUGUAGAAAGAUUGGAUCAUGUAGAUUCCGUUUGGCCAUGCUAUACUUGAUUAUAAGUUUAAGUAUUUUUAAA